AUGGAUAUCCAGGAGACCCAACGUCUUCUUUCUGAAUAUCUUCAGGAGCUUGCCAACCUUUUCCAUCGCGUUCCUGGCUCAGCCAUUUUUCUGCGCUAUGUAAGAUCUAGCUAUCAGAACGAUCCCAUUCGCUCCGCUGUCGAAUUGUUCCUGUUCCUGUUCGCCGUCCGCUACCUGCUCGCCCCGAAGUAUUCCACCAAGCCCGGUGUCGUCCAGCUCUCGGAAGAUGAAAUCGACGACUUGGUUGACGAAUGGACGCCAGAACCGCUUGUGGGGAAACCCACGCCUUUGGAGGAGAUGGAGGUGGAAAAGAGACCAGUCAUUGCAGGUCCAGUUGGCCCUAAGUCGAAGCUAUCGAACGGUCGGACGGUGAUGAACCUUGGUUCUUACAAUUUCUACAACUUCAACACGAACGAGUCCAUUAAGGAGAAGGCGAUCCAGACACUCCGAAACUACGGUGUCGGACCUUGUGGUCCUCGCGGUUUCUAUGGUACUCAGGAUGUCCACAUGAAGACGGAGGCAGAUGUUGCGUCCUACCUUGGCACAGCGUCUUGCAUCAUGUACUCUCAGGCAUUCUCGACCAUCUCAAGUGUGAUUCCGGCCUUCUCGAAGCGAGGUGAUAUUAUCGUUGCCGACAGGGGUGUGAACUUCGCCAUCCGAAAGGGUAUUCAGAUAUCUCGGAGUAUCGUCCGGUGGUACGAUCAUAAUGAUAUGGAAGAUCUAGAGAGGGUUCUGGCCAAGAUCACGAAGGAGCAAGCACGGAAACCUCUUACUCGACGAUUCAUCAUCACCGAGGGUCUGUUCGAGUCGUACGGCGACAUGAGCGACUUGCCCAAGAUUAUCGAGCUCAAGUUGAAGUACAAGUUCCGUCUAAUCCUCGACGAGUCAUGGUCGUUUGGUGUCCUUGGAAGAACAGGACGUGGUAUCACUGAGCACCAGAACGUGGAUGCGGCCGAGGUUGACAUGAUUGUGGGUUCGCUGGCCGGCCCAUUGGUUGCUGGAGGAGGUUUCUGUGCAGGUUCGGAGGAGAUUGUCCACCACCAGCGCAUCUCGGCCGCUGCCUACACGUUCUCUGCUGCAUUGCCUGCUCUUCUGUCUACGACGGCUAGCGCGACUAUCAACAUUUUGCAGAACAGCCCCGAGACCAUUUCCCAUCUGAGAGACCUCACAAAGGCUAUGUGGGCGCAGCUCGACCCUCGCAGUGAUUGGGUUCGCUGCACAAGUGCACUGGAGAAUCCCAUUCUAAUCCUUGUGCUCAAGCCGGAAGUGGUUGCCGCAAAGAGACUUUCUCCAGAGGACCAGCAGUUUGUUUUGCAGGAUGUAGUGGACGAAUGUCUCGCGAACGGAGUCCUAAUCACCCGUCUCAAAUGUCUUGACGACAACUUUGAACCCAAGCAAAAGGUCCCCGCCGCACUGAAAGUGUGCGUCACGAUCGGCUUGACGAAGAAGGAGAUUGAGAAAUCAGGAACCAUUAUUCGUCAUGCCAUCACCAAGGUUCUGAGCAGAAGGAAGUAA